AUGAAAAAGAACUCUAAAAUUAUCAAAAAAAUUAAGAAAAAUGAUUCACAGAAGCCUAAUUAUAGGGGAAAACCUUCAAAUUUAAAAUUUACUGAAUUAUCAAUCCCAAAUAUUUGGACUAACUAAUACUAAUGUGUUUAAAUUAUUAAAAUCUUGACAUAAGAAGGAAGACAUUUGUCUUGCCAUCUAGCAGGUAAACAUUCUAUUUCAGAAAAUCAUUCUUAAAAAUAUAAGGAAAUUAAAGAUACACAGAUAUAUUAUGAAUAUGCAUAGGAGGUAGUUGAAAAAUUAUUUAAAAUUAAUUGUGUUUCUAAGAGAUGCAUAGUGUUCUUUUUCAGAAAUCCUAAUGAAGAACAAUAAUAGAUUUAGAAUUAUUCAGAAAAUAUCAAUAAUUACAAUUACUUUGUAAUUUUCAAUCACAUUAAAACUCUAUUAUCAUAAACAUUCAUUUAUGAUCUCAUUAGUAUUUUGAAUAAUGAAAGUUAAAUUCAAAUAAUUGUUGAUGAACUAUUUAAUCAUUAAGAUUAACCUUGUAAUUAUUCUUAAAUAAUUCAAAAUUUUUUCAUUAAAUAAAAAAUCCAAAAGAUGAUUUAAGAAAAAAAGCAAAAGUCUUCAAUUGAAGUAGUAAAACAAGAAUUUGAAUUUUUUUUAAAAGAUCAAAAUUCCAGAUACUAAGUAACAAUGUUUAUUGAAGAAAUAUUAAAAAUAUUUUAGGCUACUUCAUAAUUUUAAAUUGGACUACCUGAGUAUUAUUAAAUUGAUGAAUUAGAUAAUGAUGAUGGUUGA